CAUUUCUAAAUACAUGCGCAGAUGACUUGAGGUUUUAAGUAGGAAACAGCCCAAUUUCUUCUCUGCUUUGACUAAUCCUUGAUUUGAUUUGCUUAAUUAUUCCCUUCCGUCACACACUAAUGUGAUUAUGUUAUGGUUAUUUCUGGUAGUAACAGCUUUGGUGAGCUGACUUUUCUGGCCCUAAUAACUCAGAGCCUUACCCAUGGAUCAUCUGCUUUAGCCAGUAUUAAUACUUUUUCUUUGUCAGGAUAUUAUUGUGCUCUGCCAGCCUGCACAGGAGCUGAUACUGGCUUAUCCUCCUGGAAGUGUACUUAUAGGCUGUGUGUGGUGUGGCAGUUUAUGCUGAAGGCGUGUGUGUGUGUCUGUGUGUGUGCACACAUGCAGGUAAGGCUGCAGCUGUGGGACACAGCUGGACAAGAGCGUUUCAGGAGCCUCAUUCCGAGCUACAUACGAGACUCGACGGUGGCUGUGGUUGUCUAUGACAUUACAAAUGUAAAUUCAUUCCAGCAGACCUGCAAAUGGAUUGACGAUGUCAGGACAGAGAGAGGAAGUGAUGUCAUCAUCAUGCUAGUAGGCAACAAGACAGACCUGGAAGAGAAAAGGCAAAUCACGAUCGAGGAAGGAGAGCAGAGAGCCAAAGAACUGAACGUCAUGUUCAUCGAGACCAGUGCCAAGACAGGCUGCAAUGUCAAACAGCUGUUUCGUCGAGUUGCAGCAGCCCUACCUGGAAUGGAAAGCCUGGACGAUGCAAAUCCUGAAGGCAUGAUUGACAUCAAGCUGGACAAACCAGCGGAACCAGCUGUGCCCGAGGGCGGGUGCUCAUGUUAAUGCAGAGCUGCACUUGGACAGCUCCCUUCACACCAUAGGCUUGUUGUGUUGCUUACUACUGGUUAGCUUCCAGUUGACUUCUCCAAUUGGAUAUAGGAUGUGGGCCUUGUAUCUGAUUGGACAAAUCAAAUGUUAUCUUUCAGUCUUGUUCAGUUGUAAAAUAUUGUAUACUUUGUCAAUAUGUAAGUGACUGGAGGAGAAAAGGGAAGAAAACAAUUGUUGCAAUGAAAAUGAACACACACACACUGAAAAAAAAACAGUUUGGAGAAAAAUGAGGAAACCAAUGGAGUUCUUUUCGCUGUUAUGUUUUGUAUUUUUUAUAUAUAAAAAGGGAAAGCACCAAAAAUGAUGCCUAAACACAGAAGGAGAAAUAGCAGGAGGGUCGGCCAUUUUUCUAAAUAGCUGAACAUGUCUGAAUGUCUGCAGCACGCAUGCACGCUGAUCUGAUCUUUGACCUUUGGCCUGCCCUCCAGGGUCUCUGUACUCUGGAAGGAGGCUGACUAUCUUAGAAUGUUUUAUAGCAUCUCUCUAUAGCAUCUCAUGACAAGACGUAUCUCAUUUGAUAUUCCCACAACUUCCAGUAGGAUCACCUAACAGUAGCUGUGAAAAUGUGGCACUCUAUCUCUCUAUGGGUUUAACUUUUAUAGAACAAACUGUACUGUGGUUAAAAAAGAAGUAAUAAAGAGACAACUUACUAUCACAACUCCCUAACCCUCCUAAAAGUCCUCUCCUCUUCCUUCUCUCCUCCCGCUAUCCUUCUGUCCUUCCAGUCUCCCCAUCCCUCCAUCCCGGUAAUACACAUAUAACAAUCCACUGUAAUGCACCGCACUGUAUAUAAUAAUGUAAUAUGUAUGUUGUGAACGUCCCUCUGUAGAAGUGGUCCUUGUUCACCAGUAUGAAUAAUGUAAUAAUGUUUAAUGAUUAAUAAAUUACAGAUUAAAGGGCUUCACUCUCCUAACCAUCAACAUUUACCUGGUAGCAAAAUUAUCUACUCUUCUACUUUAUUUACUUUCUGUUUUUUCUGAGAAAAUGUGAGAUAUGGCAAGUUGUUGAGAGUUUCCACAAGCAGGUUUAAACCACUACACUAGUUACAUUAAAUAGAAAAUGACAGAAUAUAUUUAAAGUGAUUAAUAACUAGCAAUUGAAUAAAAUACGCAGCUUCAUUUACACAGCACUUAUUUUUCUUGGGAACAAAUGGGUUACUAACGGCUAAGAUACGCUAAGACACUGAUAGCAUCUAAGCUAAAGCUAUGAACACAAUCUGACCU